AAAUUUGGUCAGUUCCAAUUAAAUAGGGCUCUCUCUCCAACUCUCUCUCUAGACCGAGUGCGCGCAGUGAACGUAGAGAGAGAGAUAAAGUAGCCGCAGUGGAAGCAAAAGAUUUCUGAUGAGAAUAAUUGCUCCGACAACAAUUCUCCAUACUCAUAGGCUGCUGCCCCUCUUCUUCUCCUCUCUCUCUCUACAAUCUCCAGGGGUGCAGAAGUUGCAGUUUGUGAAGAUAUUGCAAAGUAGGAGGGAAAUUGGAGGAACUUCUGCGAAGAGAAUGGCUUGGAGUUUAGAGAAAUGUGAUGGGCAAAGUGUGGAAUCUGCUACAAUGGGUGCUGUGCACCCCGCCACAGAGGAUUAUGCUGACGAGGCAAUCAAAGCUUUGAGGGCAGGGCAAGUGAUUGCUGUGCCUACUGAUACCCUCUACGGCUUUGCUUGUGAUGCUUGCUCGAUGGAGGCAGUUCAUCGAAUAUACGAAAUAAAAGGCCGUAAGUACACAAGCCCUCUUGCAAUUUGCGUCGGCGACGUACACGACAUACAACGCUUUGCUGUAACUGACCAUUUGCCUCACGGACUGCUCGAUUCUCUUCUUCCUGGACCCGUAACACUCGUCCUAACACGAGGGGAGUCGAGUAUUCUUGAGAAGUCGUUGAACCCUGGAUUGGAUAGUAUAGGCGUUCGAGUGCCCGAUUGUAAUUUCAUUAGGGCAGUUGCUCGUGGUUCGGGUAGUGCAUUGGCCCUCACUAGUGCAAACCUUAGUGGUCAACGAAGCAGUGUAGAUGUAAGAGAUUUCGAAAAUCUAUGGCAGCACUGCGCGUACAUCUACAACGAUGGUGUUCUUCCAUCCGGGCGUGCGGGGUCCACAGUAAUCGAUCUUACUAGUGUCGGAAAGUACAAGAUUCUAAGGCCCGGAAGUGCCGAGGAGGAGACAGUUGCGGUUCUUCAGAGAUACGAUCUGGUGGAAGAUGGCAAUGCCUCUUAACAAAGUUUGUCUGAGCUAUUUCAAAUCUGCUGCUUUCUUUUAGAGUACUCUUUAAUGUGUACAUUAUUAGAAUUUUAAUUUUAUUUUUAUUUUAUUUUAAAUACUUGGAUAGUUGAAGUGAAAUAUGUAUGUUUACUGUUUAGCCCCUGCUUCAUCCUCUUGAAUGAGAAACAUUCAAGGGUAGAAUGGGACUACUUCCACGUAUGCAGUUUAAUUAAAAAAAACAUGUUGUGCUUGUGAAAUGAAUGUAUGCAUUUUUUUAGUAA